AUGGAUACAGAGGAGCCAUGCUUGAUGGAACAUGAUGCUGAUAAUCCAGCAACGAAAAAAGUGAGAAAUAGAGACGACCCAAAUCAAAUAUCACCGAGAAUUUCUCCCGAGUCCAUUUCCGAAGAAAGUGGGGAAAUCCAAUCUUUCAAAAAUUCACUACUCCAAGGCCAACAACCCCAGAAAUCCAAAGGUUUCCACCUAGAAGAGGUCACAACAGAGCCAGGUGAAGUUACCCACACGGUGGAGAACGGAAUGCCGGCGAUUAAAUUCGCCGACACAGUUAAACCGAGGAUGGAACGCGCUAUGUCCUACUCCAUAGUGGUAAUACCAUUGGGCAGAAACUUCAGUUUCCUUGCAAUACGCAAACCUUGUAUGAACCUCUGGAAUCCCAAAGGGGACAUCCACUUGGUAGACUCCAUUGAUGGCUACCACAUCAUUCGGCUUACACACAAGGAAGACUACUACAAUGCCUUAUUGAACGGACCUUGGACAAUCGUUGAUCAUUACAUCACUGUACUCCUUUAUAAGCUGAACUUCGACACAAAGGCGGAGAAUAUUUCAACGGUGGCAGCGUGGGUGAGGAUCCCGGGCUUACCGGUGCAUUACUUCCACGGAGCCCUGCUCAGAGAUAUUGCGAAACCUUUGGGGAGUUACUUAAAAGCGGACAACAACCCUUUGUUGGCGGAAAGAGGUAGAUAUGCGCGAAUCGUAGUGGAAUUGGAUCUCACAAAACCUCUCGUUGGCAAAGUGAAGGUGGAUCAUAGAAUCUUCACAGUGGAAUAUGAGGAUUUGAGGAGGACUUUCUUCAAAUGUGGGAAAUAUGGCCAUACCAUUGAGGAAUGCCCGGAAGCUCCGGCAACACCGCCGGAAGAAGACCCUCAAUCCACCGUUGUCUCGAUGGUACCCAACCCAAUUGGACAAAACGGAGUGCAACGGGAAUCCAGAUCGGCUCUAAUGAUCGAUAGCAACGGUGACAAGACAGCAGAGUCCCCAAAACAAACAAAACCCAACCUCAAUUUGGGCGAGUGGAGCUACGCGCCCAAGGGGGGAAGAAGACCGGUGAACCCUGCUCAACCUUGA